CGCAGGGCCCGCGGGGCGCCGUCGCUGCUGCGCAUCCUGCGCAUCCUGCCCACCGUCCUCGCCUGCCUCGUCCUCGCCGCCUGUCUGCCGCGCGCCGACGCCGUCUUCAUCAACUUCGAGAACUGCCUGGACAAGCUGUUCCUCGACAACAACGUGCCCUUCCUGCAGUUCACGCCCAUGUACGUGUGGGCCGCCUUCGACACCCACGCCCCGUCGCACAACCUCAACGUGACCGUGUACGGCAAUGUGUCGGGCCAGUCGGACAGGGGCACGCUGCCUCCCUCCGACGACCCGGGCUGGGCCAAUCCGAACAGGACCCUGUUUGGCAAGAUCGAAGACGUCGACAAAACGUCGAACCACUACACCACCUUGUUCUCCGACUUCCGCACCCUGACCUACUCGUCAUGGACUCCCAAGGGCGUGCAGUUCUGCGCCCACACCCUGAACAACACGACCCCGGGCUGUCCCAUGGGCCCAGCCUUCGACGCGAAUGCGAGCGACCCGGACACUCUGCCCGGCUUCACCGUGAGCCACGACUUCCACAGCACCUAUGCCUUCUCCACCUGGGCAUCUGAGCUGCGCAUUGUGUCUGGCAACGAACGCGCCAACACCCUGGGCUGCGUGUCUGCAAACAUCACGCCGGACUUGGGGAAGAGGCUUUCCGACGCAGCCUGCUACUUCCCGGCUGCUGUGCUCAUCCUCGUGGGCAUCGCAACCGUAUUUGCAGCCACCUGCAGUCCCUGGGGGACCUCGAACAUCUUCCGUUGGACGAGCAACUACGGGCGUGACGAGGAUCUCUUGCGCCUUGUCACCCCAGGCUUUGGGGACUGCCUGCAGUACAUCCAGUUCAUUGUCCUGGCUGGCAGCCUAAGCUUGAACUAUCCCGGCUUCUACCAGCCGGCCAUCAGCCAGGCUAGUUGGUCGGUUCUCUUGUUCAACCAGAGCUUUGUAAGCAAGGGAAACGGCUCGCAAAGCCUUGACGAUGGCAUCUAUAUUGUCAACGGGACCUAUGGACUGACUCGACUUGGACAGUACGUAGGCCUGACCAUGGAGCGGGACAUGUGGGCCUGCAUGGCUAUCUUUCUCUUGGCAGUCAUCGCCAUCGUCAUUGUCUUGACGCAGCUCGGCUUCAUCGGGCGCUGGCUCAUGCGUAUGCUUACCAACACCCAGGAUGGGGACCUUACAGGGAAAAACUGGUCCUUCACCGCUGGUCACAUCGUUCGCCUCGUCUUCAAUUUCUUCAUGCUGCCAAUUGUGGCAUUGUCACUGUUCCAAUUGGUCGUAGCACCACGAUCUCCUGGAUCCGUGGUUGGUGCAUCCGUCGUUCUUCUUAUCGGCGUCAUGGGAAUAGCGUCCUGGAUAUUCUGGCUCAUCUUCACCACGCGUCCUCGCGCUCAUCUCUUCGACGACUUACCAACUGUAUUGACCUAUGGGCCACUUUACAAUACCUACUCUGACGACGCUGCCCCAUUUGCUUUCAUCCCUGUAUUGCUAACCAUCCUACGAGGCAUUGCCAUAGGGGCGAUCCAGCCCUCUGGCAUAGCCCAGAUUAUCAUGCUCGCCAUCUGCGAGGUAAUCUUAAUACUAACACUACAUGCUUUCCGGCCCUUCCAAUCGAACACGUCCAUGAAUGCUUAUCACACCUUCUUCUCCGUCAUCCGACUUGCGUGUAUCCUCCUCUCGGUUGCCUUUGUGCCCUCUCUUGGUGUUGCAGAGUCCUCGAAAGGCUGGAUCGGGUAUGCGAUUCUGCUUCUACACGCUGUGGUCCUGGUCUUUGGUUUCUUCCUCAACGCCUUACAGACCAUUGUGGAGGUCAUUGCAAGGCUGUCGGGCGCAGGUGCAGACACUAGAGGUGGACUCACCAAAGUAUUUGGGAAACGUCAGCUAUCGAAACGCGUAAACCAUCGACAACAACGUAGCAGCCUCAACUCCAAUGCGGCGAUGCUUGUCAACGACGAGAACAAAAACAUACAGCUUAUGGAGAGUCGGUCGCGCAGCAUGUCGGCCAGCUCUGCUGUACUACUCAAUCAGCCAUAUGACAGAGAUGAGCAACGUCGGAGCGGAGGCUAUGACUUCAAUGAAGGCACAAGUCCGGGAACGCCUGGAGUCAACCCAAUGCCUUUUAACUUCCUGGGCGGUGGUUCUGGCCAGAGCUCUCGGAGACCAACAAUGGGGGGACAGCUGGAGACAGCCGAUCCUUAUUACAGGCCUCCCCGGGUGCGCACAAACACCAUGGACUCUGUGGGACCUGGUGCACGAGGUCGAGGACAACCACCGGUAGGAAGUGCAGAUAUUGUCGAUGCGCCAUACUCGGAUCGAGUGGAUAUCGAGGCUGCUCACGAUGCAGGCGAGGGUCCGUCUCGCGCUUCGCCAGCGUAUCUGCGCAUGAACAGGGAGAACGAUUCUGAUCCAAAUCUCGAGCGUCGCAAUAACACGGACUACUCAGUACGAGAGUCUGAUUUCUACUACGGCCUUCGUGGACCCGCGCUUUCAUCGCAACCAAGCCGAAAGUUGAAGACAGGCCCUGCUGAUCCCAUGAGUCCAGUAUCGUCUGCUACAGGCUGGUUCAAGAGUCUAAACCUGAUGGGUGGUGGCCGGAAGAAAGAGAAGAGCAAGGGGUUCGAAGUUGUCAGGAGCACAAGGAUGCCUCCACAAAUGAUGGCUGUUGAAGAACAAGAGGAGCAAGAGCAGGCACCACCGUCGACGCAGGAGCCGUAUCGAGAUGACCCCGAGUCGCCCGAGUCGAAGAAGAGUCAAAGGAGUCCAAUUCGAGGGGUCGCACCAGCUAACGUACUUGCCGGUGGGGAGAGAAGACGACGGUCGAGCGACAGUGAAUCCAGCUCCAGCGGGUCCGACUCGGAUGACGCCGAUGCCUUUCCAUAUGACUCGACUAACCGGGUUUCGGAAAUUCCGCCUAUGCUCGGGCCUAUAGAAAUGGGGGGCGGCAUCGAACUUCCCAGCCGGGUCGGAUCGCGGGUCUCGCGAAGAUCAACACGGGGCGCCCGAGCACCGACGAUACCAAGAAGGAGCUCCAGGCGGACGCCAUCGACAGACGCGGCGAUAGUUGAGAACAACGGACGAAUGUCACGCAUCAUGGACUCGCCGCCAAUGCCGCAGAGCAAUGUUCAUUUGCAACCUGCGGGUGGCACGUUACCCAUCCGGCUGCCGUUUGGGUCCACAGAUCCGUCGCCCGAGCGAUCGCCUGGCCACUCUGCAGCGUCGAGCGCGUACCGGCAAGCACUGGCGCCACCGCCGACAAUAGGUGGCCACGGAAGAGUCAGCACGGGCUUUGUGCAAGGGCAUAGGACGCAGGACAGCUUCCACAACGAUGGCUACGACGGGGCAGACGUAGAAGCAAGGGCGGAGAUUGUAGACCGCAGUCGGAGCGGCAGCACACAGAUGAGCGGACGCAGCCGGAAGUCCAGGCAACUGUGAUGCUGGGGCGGUGAGUUGUGCAUGGGCGGUGAGGUGACGGGUGGGUGAUGCGGGAUUGCGUAGUAGAUGGAUUUCUUUUGCGAAAAGUGUGUUCUCUUGCGACAGUAGCAUUUUAUAAUCAUGACGGCUGUACAUUCAGAGUCGAAGCGCAGAAGGGCUCGGUCUUUGGCGUUGAGGCGUGGCGGGGGUCAGGGUGGGGAUGCACAGCAAGGCGCACGAGGGGCACUGCAUAGGCACCGAGGGGAUCUUGGGACAUUUGGGAUCAGCAGCGUUCUUGCUUGUAUGUUGUAGAUUGGGCGAAGACGGCAUGAGCCGCGACACAUAGACCAGGAAUACGAGCACUG